UAAGUGAGAAUCUGAUACCAAUAUUCAAUUUCGUCAGACCAGGAUAUGCUUUGGAUACUUGUCAAGACGGCUCUAGUGGAAUAACUCCAUUUAUAUUACUUUUCAUAGUGAUUAAUACUGGUAAUUGUGACCGUUUCACCAGACAUGUAUUGUACAGACUGUGUGAUUAAUGUAUAACUGAUCAGACAGACUUUUCCUGAUAUUUUUUUCACGAGAGCAAUGUUAAGCAACAAUACAACAGUUAAUUUGGUGGAUCAACCGAAAUCUGUGUAUGGUAUUCCGAAUGAAGCUGAUUUGAAGUAUUGUUGUUACGAGGCUUUUCUCAUUCAUAACUAUUUAUUCGCAGUCGUUUAUUUAAUAGUCUAUGUAUAUGGGAUGUCCUUGAUUAUAAAAUAUGUGAAGCUAUUAGUUCGACAACGUCUGAUUUUUACUAUUUUAGUAUUAACUAUUAUAUCAGAAGUUUGCACCAUAACGUUUUUAUUGAUUGACCCGUAUGGUCUAUUGAAGAGAAUUCCAAAAAUAAUCUUAACGUUCCUUUGGAAGGUACCAGACACGAUAAAACUAUGGAAUUUUUUCCUGCUUCAUUACUUUUUAUCAAAACAAACUCGAUUACACUUAGGUACGCCGGAAAUAAAGAAUUUUAAUUUGUUGUUGAUGUGUUGUAUAGUCGAGUCAGUGCUUUUAACAAUAUGUAUAAUUUUGACAUGCUUUCAAGUUACUACAUUUCCGCUUCCGGUAAUCAACGAUGGAAUUGUUACCAUAUUUGCUUUUCUGUUACUGUCUGUUUUUAUAUACGGAGCACCACAGUUAUCGCAAUAUAUAAGGGAAACAAAGAGAGCAAGCAAAAGUUUUAAUGAAUUCAGCUCAUCUAGGAAAAAAGAAGAGUUAAAAACUUCUCAGUCAUUCGAUACCAACCAGAAACGACUGAAAUUUCCCAAGAUAAGGAAAUCCGAAAGUUCUUUCAGAAAGAUAUCACUGACAAGUUUUUCCGACUCUUCUGUAAUUGAAGUUAAAGUGCCAGUUGAAAAAGUAAUAUUUUCAAAGGUGAUAAAACGUCCCUGCAAUUUAAACAUAAAGCCAAACAUUUUUACUGAUGACGUUCUAAACUUCGGAGAAAUUUCAAAUAGUAGGAAGAUGAAAAAAGAAGAUUCUUUUCUCGAUAACAGUAAGAAUAAACAAUUAAUUCCAAAUACUUCAACGGACUCUGUGUAUAAAGAAUUGCCUCAAGAACAGUGUAACUGUGCUAAAUUUCUUGACCUGGAAAAUGGUAUGAUACCCUAUACCAAUGACGUCAAUGACACAAGACAGGAAAAUUCAAAAUCUAUUUCAAAUGAGCAAGGGUACUUAGCUGAUGGCGAAUGCCAUAGUCAUAAUUCUGAAAAUAGUUUAGACUCUAGAAGCAAAUCAUUUGAUACUGAACAAACAGCAACGGAAAACAAUCGAAAAAAUAAAGCAGGAUUUCCGGUUUCGAUUUCAUUCUUAAGUGUGUACAGGGUACGACAAUUUAAAAUGUUACAACGAAUGUUAAAAGUAUGUUACAUCCAAACAUUUUCUAUGGGAAUUUUGAUUAUAUGUAAGCUUUAUAUAAUAUUUAGUGAAUAUGGAGGGAUAUUUUAUACCAGACGCUUAAAACCUGUACCAUGGCUUGUGUUCCAGUCUUUAUACAGAACUGUAGAGUUUACCAUCAGCCUGGUAUAUACAGCAGCAGUUCAUGUGUACACGUCAUCAAAACCGUCUGGUCAAAUGAGGAAAAGAAAAUAACAGCUAUCUUCAAUGCAGCAUAUCAUCUUUUAUGUGUACACAUCAUCAACACAUGUUGAGUAAAGAAGGAAAACAAAAUAUCACCAACGGUCAAUGUUAAAAUUUGACUUUCUUGCAUGAACUUGAACUUAUUAUACUUAUUGUGUUAAUGUCAAUCAUUAAAAGCGUUGGUGGCUUUUUUUUGUCGUAAGAU